AUGCUGCCUGGCUUGGUCUCGAAUUCCCUUGCAGGGUACAAGUUCUCUAUUGAUGGAGUUCCUGUCGGCCAGUACAAACCCGGCGCAGACAAAACACUCGGUUAUGAUGUCCUGGUCUAUGCCAACACUACCUUAGAGAAUGUAGCCCACAACUUUACCAUCACUGUGGAUCUUGGGUUCUCGGUCUUACUAAUAUUUGACCGUGCUGUCUACACUAUAAUAACUGAUUCGGCCAACACACUCACAUCCACAAGGACCUCCACUACAGAUCUUCUCACGUCCUCUCAACCAACGUACACUGCGACUUCCAGCCCUCCCAGUAGUGUAGCCGCCCCAGAUGAGGCGAAUCCCUCAAAACCUCCUCGAAUCACUGCGCUCAUAGUGGGCGCUACUCUGGCAGGGAUAGCUGCCUUCAUCUUAAUCGGCACCCUAAUCUAUCAUCGCUGGUGGAAAGUAAAAAGAUCUGGACAACAACUGAUAAGCCAACAAUGGCGUCGCAGUAGAUUUCUUCUAUAUCCGAAGUCCUGGCCUCCUGCGUCCAGCGGACACGCCGACUUUGAAAAAGUCGACCAAACCCCAAUCCAGUCGCCGGUUCGUGGAUCGGCAAAUACCAGAUCGCAGGGCAGCUUAGUGUAG